UUUUCUUUUUUUUCUUUUUAUUUGCAAGGAAAAAGAUUAAAAGGAUGCAAGACGAUUCACGUAUAGAUCUGACGUGCUUGCUCACUUCAUCUUCGCCUCCUUCCGAAGAUAAUAUCACCCAUCUAUUGCAAACUCGAUUUAAGCGGAAUCAGCCCUAUACUCGACUAGGACAUUCUACCUUAAUUGUUGUGAAUCCUUAUCAACCUUUAGAAAUACUAAAUGAUGUUACAUUAAGCACAUACGCAGAUAUUGGUUAUAGAAAUAUUGUCGAGAAUAAGCCAUUUAUGCAACCUCAUGUUUAUGAUUUAGCUACUAGAGUUUAUUUUCAUAUGCGUAGAACAGGUGAAGAUCAAAGCAUCAUCUUGAGUGGUAUAACUGGUGCAGGCAAAAGUACAACUCGGUCACAUUUGUUGAAGCAACUCUUACUGCUGUCAACUCACUCAAAGAAAGAAACAAAACUUGGAUUACAAAUUCAGAAUGCUCAAAUCAUAUUGGAGGCUUUUGGUCAUACAAGGACAUCUCAAAAUAAUUCAGCAUCUAAAUUUGGUAUGUUCCAAGAGUUACAGUUCUCUGAAAGAGGUCGGAUCCUCGGUGCCAAAACACUGACCUACGCCUUUGAUAAAUCAAGAGUGACACAGGUGCCUAAAGAUGAACGUACAUAUAAUGUGUUCUAUUCUCUUUUGGCUGGUACUAGUGUCGAAGAACAAACCGCACUUCAUAUCAACUUUCCACCAGAAUCAUUUCAUUAUUUAUCCCAAUCAAAAGUCAUCAGACAACCAGAAGAUGAAGUCGCUUUUGCUGACCUCAAGAAUGCUCUCAAGGUCUGCGGAUUUAAAGCGAAAACAGUAACACAAAUAUUUCAGUUGCUCUCGGCCAUUUUGCACAUCGGUAACCUUCAAUUCCAAGGUGAUGACAGCUCACAACAAACUCAGGAGGCUUGUAGUAUCCGUAACUAUGAUACUCUCGAAAUGGUCGCUCUCAUGCUCGGUGUCUCUCCAUCCAAGUUGGAGCAAUCCCUGACUUACAAGCUGAGAUUGAUUCGUAAGGAAUUGUGUACCAUGUUCUUGAAUACCCAGGGUGCGGCAGAACAACGAGAUUCUCUCGCCCGCGCUCUUUAUCAUGUCCUCUUUUUAUGGAUCGUUGAAGCACUCAACACAAAACUCUGUUAUAGCAGCGAACCCGCUAAUUUUAUCGGCAUUCUUGAUCAGUUUGGCUUCCAAAACUUCAAGUCGAACGGAUUCGAAGAAUUCUGUGCCAAUUUUGCCAACGAACGUGUGCACCAAUUUAUCAUUGAUCAGCGAUUCAACAACCAAGUCGGCAUCAAUGCUCUCAUGACCCGAGAUGGUGUGCCUUUGCCUUCGAUCAUCACCAUGGAUAACUCAGCCUGUCUUGAACUUCUCGUCGGCAAAGAACAGGAUCAUAACAUUAGUAGUCGAGAAAAGACCAAGUCCGCUGCUCUCGGAUUAGGUGGUAUCGUCGGAGCAAUGGACCGGGACUGUGCCAAGUACCAAACAGGCGCAACAGACGCCACAAAUGCCAACUUUUUAGCCAACGUUCAACGACUACACAGUGCUCAUCCUUCUUUCAGCAAGUCACAACAUGCCUAUUCCUUUGGCGUCAACCAUUUCUCAGGCACAGUGCACUAUACCGUCGAAUCGUUCCUCGAAAAGAACUUGGAUGAUCUGUCACCUGACUUUGUCAGCUUACUGCGUGAUAACAGCACCAACACUUUUGUCUCAACUUUAUUUGAGAGUACAGCCAUGGCAACUGAGUCACAUCCCAAGGACGACCGAACGAUUGUCAAGGCCCAACUGACGUCUAAGCCGACCCGUGCACCAAGCAUGAAGAAACCAAAGCGCCGAGAUAUCAUACCCGAAGAAGAUCAAAAGGCUAUUAAAGACGCUGAAGAUGCCUACCAGAACAUGCAGGUGACGACAGUGAUGGAUCAAUUGUAUAUGACCUUGCGUGAUUUGUUCUAUACCAUGGCAGAUACUCGCAUCUAUCAAAUUAUUCACAUUCGUCCCAACGAUACCCUAUCUCCUGAUCUGUUUGAUCUCAAGCGUGUCAAAGCCCAAGUUCGUACUUUUCUUCUGUCAGACUUGACUGCCCGUGCUUCGGUCGAGUAUGCCAAUUACCUGACGUUUAGCGAGUUCCUUGUGCGCUAUGAAAGACUGGUUUCCUCCUUGCAGAUUGAUCAUGUCAAAUCGGAAAGAGAUCAAGUUGAGGAUGUACGUGCUAUCAUGAAUUGGAAUGAAUCGCAAGUAUUUAUUGGCCAUGAGAUGAUAUGGAUCGCAUAUGAUACCUGGAAAGAAUUAGAAGAUGGGCUACGUGCUGCCGAAAAGGAAGAACGUGAACGUGCCAAGGAAGCGAAGCAAGGGAUGAUGCAGGAUGCCCCUGUAAUGCCCAGUCAAGGUUACUAUCCAGAAAGCCAGGACCGACUCAUGCCACCCGCAGCCUACGGAGAUCCCAGAGGAUAUGACGAAGCAAGCUAUGUUGACAGUGAGGACGGUAUCAAACGUGAUAUGGAAGGAAGCCAAUGGGGUGAAGAAUCAGAAUGGGGUGGAGUGAAGAUAUCAGACGGGUUUGGACCAAAUAUGGACAUGAGCAAAAUGGUAGAAGAUUAUCAUCAACCCCAACAUGAAUCAGUAGAGGAAGUGCCUAUCACAGCUGUCCGUAUCUGGUGGGUUCGUUUUGUCUGGCUUAUGACCUUUUGGAUCCCAUCGCCUUUCCUGAGAUGGUUUGGCAAGAUGAAGCGUGAAGAUGUUCAGAUGGCCUGGCGUGAGAAGGUGACACUCUGUAUGCUCAUCUUCUUCUUUUCAGCCGUUACCAUCUUUUUCAUUGUCGGCCUGGGUGAAGUUAUCUGUCCUGGUACGCAGCACAUGUACUCCACCGCUAAUGUUGCAGCCCAUAACCUUCCGGACGAUAUGUGGGUUAGUGUACGUGGUACUGUUUACGACAUCACCAAUUUUGCAAGGACUCAGCACGGUGCUUCUGGUAAUAUCGCCACCACAGAUCUGAUGGAUCAAAUCGGAGGUUACGACAUGUCAGAUUCCAUUCCUCCUCCUUUGACUACUGCCUGUCAAGGCUUAGUUACUUCUUCUACUAUUAAAAUCACACCAAACGUGACCACAGUAAGGGCCAGCUUUAUUCAUAACUCUGGUGACCAGAACCCGAUACCCACCUUGACCAAGAUGUCAAGUCCAACCUGGUACUGGGAUUACUUCUUGCCAACCAUGUCACUUUACAAGAAGGGUCAGCUCGUGAUACCCAUCUCCGGCCUUUAUUCAGACUACCAAUCUUGGAGUCGUCUGGCAUUAGCUAUCAAUGGUAAAGUCUACGAUAUCACAGACUACAUGAGCACUGCCAAGACCUAUGAUUCUGGAUCGACCUCUUCCGCCUAUCACUUUUUGCACCCAACUGUUGAAGAAAUCUUUACCAAGUUCUCUGGCACAGAUGCUACCGACAAGUGGAAUCAGUACAAGGCGUCGAUGACAUCAGAACAACAAGCCCAGAAUAUGGCCUGUUUAGACAACUACUUUUAUAUUGGUAAUGUUGACGAACGUGAUACGCCUCGAUGUAUGUUUACAAACUACUUCUUGGUUGCUUGUGCUGGUCUUAUGGGUCUUGUCAUCCUCGUCAAAUUCUUGGCUGCACUUCAAUUCGGAGGUGCACCUACUCCCGAAGACCACGACAAAUUUGUGAUCUGCCAGGUGCCAUGUUAUACCGAAGACGAAGAAUCGCUUCGAAAGACUAUUGAUUCAUUAACUGUUAUGAACUACGAUGACAAGCGUAAGCUUCUAUUUAUCAUUGCUGAUGGUAUGAUUAUGGGUAGUGGUAAUGAUCGACCUACGCCUCGUAUUGUACUAGAUGUCCUCGGUUAUGACACCAAGAACGAUCCUGAGCCGCUCAUGUUCAAGUCUAUUGGUGAAGGAUCCAAACAGCUGAACUAUGGUAAGGUCUACUCUGGUCUCUACGAAUGUGAAGGACAUGUCGUACCUUAUAUCGUGAUUGUUAAGGUUGGUAAGGCCUCUGAGCGUGCCAAGCCUGGUAACCGUGGUAAACGUGAUUCGCAAAUGAUCUGUAUGAACUUUUUGAACAAGGUCCACUUUGACAGCGAAAUGACACCUCUCGAACUGGAAAUAUACCAUCAAAUCAAGAAUGUCAUUGGUGUGAACCCAUCAUUUUAUGAGUACAUUCUCAUGGUGGACUCAGAUACAGAAGUACUCCCAAAUGCUCUUAACCAUAUGAUCUCUUGUAUGCUUCACGACGGCCGCAUAAUUGGUCUCUGUGGUGAAACUAAGCUUGUGAACGAAGAUAGGUCGUGGACGACUAUGAUUCAGGUCUACGAAUAUUAUAUUUCUCACCACUUAGCCAAAGCAUUCGAAUCCUUGUUUGGCUCUGUUACCUGUUUGCCCGGUUGUUUCUGUAUGUAUCGUAUUCGUACGCCUGUCAAAAACGAACCUCUUAUUAUCUCGCCCAAGGUCAUUCACGAUUACUCUGAUAACCAUGUUGAUACACUUCACAAGAAGAACUUGCUGCACUUGGGUGAGGAUCGUUAUCUGACAACUCUCAUGAUGAAGCACUUUCCUCAGUACAAGAUGAAGUUUACCCCUCACGCACAAUGUAAGACCGUCGCUCCUGAUCGAUGGAAGGUGCUGUUGUCUCAACGUCGUCGUUGGAUUAACUCGACCAUUCACAACUUGUUUGAAGUCGUUCUCUUACCUGAUCUUUGUGGCUUUUGUUGUUUUUCUAUGCGUUUUGUCGUCUUGAUCGAUUUGAUCGGUACUCUCAGUUUACCUGUCUCUGUUGUCUACCUUGUCUAUCUCUUGUACGUCAUUAUAUCAAAGACUGGACCAUUCCCUAUGUUGGCUAUUAUCAUGUUAGCAUGUGUCUACGGUCUUCAGGCACUGCUGUUUAUCGUUAAGAGACAAUGGCAGCACAUCGGUUGGAUGAUAUUCUACAUCUUGGCUAUCCCUGUCUUCUCGUUCUUCUUGCCCAUUUAUUCCUUCUGGCACUUUGAUGACUUCUCUUGGGGUAAUACCCGUGUGGUCGUAGGCGACAAGAAACAAAAGAAGAUCAUUGUGGCUGAUGACGAAAAGUUUGAUGAAAAGAUGAUUCCCUUAAAGAAAUGGAGCGUGUACGAACAAGAGCUAUGGGAAAUGGGAUCAACUGGCAGCAAAGAGACUCGAUUGACUGGACAUACAUACAAGAGUUACCAGACUCAUGGUUCACGAAAUAACCCAUCAGUCAUGUAUGACAGUCGAACACAGUACGCGGGCAGCCAAGCAGGUGACUAUGAUUACUACCGUGAUACAACCAUGCACGAAAAUAAGCGCACACGAUCACCCGGAUACACUGGUUCUGUCAUUGCUGGUUCCGAAUAUGGCGGGGCUGCUACACACGAUUUCAUGAUGACACCGCCACCGAUGCCUAGACAGCAGCAGGCCAUGUCUGUUCAUAGCUUUGGUCCAGACUAUCAUGAAAUGAAUAAUACAUUUGACGUGCCCAUGCGUCCGACAAGCCAAUUCUCAAUUCCAUUGUCACAGGGCGGUAUGCUGCCUAUGCUACCACCUGGGUUCCCUUCGGAUGAUGAAAUUCUUAGUGAAAUAAGAAACAUCCUUCAAACAGCAAAUUUAAUGAGCAUCACAAAGAAGCAAGUUCGUGAACAAUUAAGUGCAUUCUUCGGUUACGAUAUGACACCAAAGAAAGAAUUCAUUAAUACUAGCAUCGAAUAUAUUUUAAAAGGACAACUUUAAAUUAUAUACAUUCCCUUCCGUGUAACAAGUUUUCAAUAUAUACAUAAACUCUCUCUCUUUCUAUUCUUUAAAAGAAAAAAAAAAACAAGCAUUUAUAAUAAACACUACCUUAUUAACCA